UUCAUCUUUAUUCCCACCUCUAAAAGCUUGCCUCCUUUUUAUUUUUCUCUCAGUUUUUCUUCUAUUUGCUAAAAUGGAUUUUGAGCAGCUAGUUGUGCGAGAAACUCAAAGAAUAGACCACAAAAAUAACAAGUACACAGUUGGAACUAAUACUACUUCUAGUGCUACUUCUUCAGUUGCUUCUCAAGAGGAUUUGAGGACUAGAAUUGAGUCGUUUCAUAUGCUAGAAAAGGGUAAUAAUAUUUCUAAGAGUGACACAGCAGAAAAGAAACUUUCAUGGCUACGUUCUCAAAUAAUUGGUGAAAAUGUUGAUUUUGAGACAUCCUUUGGGAAACGUAGGCUUACUUAUGCUGAUCAUACUGCCUCUGGGAGAAGCCUCCACUAUAUUGAAAAUUAUAUCACUAAAAACGUCCUUCCUUUCUAUGGCAAUAGUCAUACUAGUGACAGUUACGUGGGAUACCAAACAACAAAAAUAGCGCAUGAGGCAGCAGCGUACGUGAAGAAAUGCUUAGCUGGAGGAGAAGAAGAUGCAAUAAUAUUUUGUGGUUCUGGUUCUACUGCUGCCAUUAAAAGGCUCCAAGAAGUCAUGGCUAUUUCUGUCCCUUCUACCCUUCGAGAAAAAGUCCUCUCUAAAUGCUUCCGCAACGAGACCAAAGAAAGAUGGGUAGUCUUUGUUGGACCUUAUGAGCAUCACUCUAACAUCCUUUCUUGGAGACAAAGUUUAGCUGAGGUUGUGGAGAUUGGUUUGGACGAUAAUGGCCUUGUGGACAUGGAAGCCUUCAGGGUUCAGCUUGAGUUCUAUAAGUCUACGAAUAGGCCAUUGUUGGGUUCGUUCUCAGCUUGUAGUAAUGUUACUGGAACUUACUCUGAUACAAGAGCCAUCGCUCGCCUUCUUCACAAAAAUGGAGCCUUUGCUUGCUUUGAUUUCGCAGCAAGUGCUCCAUAUGCAAAAAUAGAGAUGAGAUCAGGAGAAAUAGAUGGUUACGAUGCUGUUUUUAUUAGCCCUCAUAAAUUUCUUGGAGGGCCAGGCACACCUGGAAUCCUCGUAAUGAACAAAGCACUCUAUCGAUUGAGGACUUCACCUCCAUCAACUUGUGGGGGUGGUACUGUUGAUUUUGUCAACCCCUUCAAUGAAAAGGACACACUCUAUGUGGAGAACAUAGAAGAAAGGGAGGAUGCAGGAACACCACCUAUCAUCCAAAAAGUGAGAACAGCUCUAGCAUUUUGGGUGAAAGAGUUCAUAAGUCAUAAAGUAAUUGAAAGAAUGGAGCACACCUACAUUGAGCUUGCUCUACAAAGGCUUCUCCCAAACCCUAACAUAUGGAUUUUGGGAAAUGUAACAGCAAAGAGACAAGCUGUGCUUUCUUUUCUCAUUUAUACCACAACUUACUCUUCAUCAAGUGAUGCCAAUGGUGAAGACAAUGAGCUUUACUUAUGGAGAGAGACUGGGAACAAGAAAGACAAGCCCCUUCACGGCCCUUUUGUCGCUAAGCUACUUAAUGACCUAUUUGGUAUUCAAGCUAGAGGAGGGUGUGCAUGUGCAGGACCCUAUGGACAUAUCUUGCUCAAGGUUGAUGAACCUCAAUCUCUUGCCUUCAGAGAUGCAAUUGAGAUGGGCUAUAGUGGAGUGAAGCCUGGAUGGACAAGGGUCAGUUUCCCCUACUACAUGUCCAAGGAAGAAUUUGAGUUCAUUCUGGCAGCACUAGAAUUCAUUGCCAUUUAUGGGCAAAGGUUCCUUCCUAUGUACCAUUUUAACUGGAGGAGUGGUGCUUGGACUUUCAAGAAAAAAGCUUUCAAGGAAGCAAUCUUAGGGAGAGAUCACAAUUGCAAUUUUUGUGGCUCACCAAUGAAGGGAUUGAACCUAGAUUGCCACGACACUAAAGAGAACAACCAUGGAGAAGGCACCACAAAAGGAGGCCUCAUUUGCAAGUAUGUAAAGUACCUUGAGACAGCCAAGCGCAUUGCUAGCCUCCUUCCCAAAUUCCCACCUCAACGGUCCAUACCUGAAGAAAUAAACCCUAACCUUGUACCCUUUAGAGUCUGAAGAUUGAAAAUCACAUCACUGAAAUACUUUUGGAAAGAGAAUGCUUGUUCUCAUUCUCCAAUAUGAUCGUGCAGUUGUCUAAUCUUUGGUUGGGCAAAUACAAGGGUUAUUAUAUGUAAUAAACUAGAAGGAUAAGAUGAGUAUACUAUAUUUUGAAUAUUUCUUUUUUUCUUAUGAUUGUUAUGAAAUUCAUGUUUAAUCCAUUAGAAA